CACUGCAAUCAAACGUCUUUAAUUUAAUUGUUUAUGUGAUCAUGUCGAUGGUCGAUGAACUAAAUCCAAACAUUAUAAACAAAUGAAAUGCCGCUUUGUUAAUGUGUGUUCUUGAUAAGAUGCAAGUACCUUCUUUUAUGUUUUAACGUUAGACAUGGAAAGCAAAAUGCGAUGUUAAAUUAUGUCAGCUUAUCUCUUUACCUAGUUGUACUGCACAUAUUAACAUUACGGCCUCGGAGCGUGGGUAGUAGAAGUGUAAUGUAAUUUGGUUAUCACCGCUGAAAUAUGGAAGAAAUUUCGAAUAAAUGUAUGGAUCUUUCAACGGAGAGACGAUGGGACCCUUUAGGAGCUCCAAAUGAUGAUAAUUUCGAUUUCGAUAAACUUGACUUCUGUGAUGAACACCACCAGUAUGCAGUUCAAAAAAUCAGAACUAUGGAGGAUGAGCAAGAACUUCUUAAUUCAUCACUUUUUGCAUUAACUACGCAUUUUGCUCAAGUUCAGUUUCGUCUGCGUCAAGUUGUUAAUUCGCCCCCAGAAUACCGAGAAGAGCUGCUUAAAUCUCUUGAAGAGUUUGCAUUUCGCGGAAUUCCAGAUGUAGGUUUUGUGAGAGAUAAAAUGGAUGAUGCCAGCUUAACUGAAGCAGUUAGGCUCAGACGCACUCAGCAAAGAGAACUUAUUGAUAGGCUUAAAAGUCAAUUACGAGAAUUGGAACAAUAUGCUUUUGAAAACGGCGAAGCUGGAAUUCCGCAGGAUGUUUUGUUAGAGCGACAAAGUGUAAUUUUAAACGAACUGAAAACCAGAAUGAAACUUGAAUUAGAUGAAUCAGACUAUCACCAACUGACUCCAGAGUGUGUAAAGCAGCAAAUAAAUCUUGCAUUAGAUCAAUUAAUAAGUCCACUAAAAGUCAAAGAACAUCUUGUAGCACAAUUGAAGACUCAAGUUGCAGACUUAGAACGUUUCAUUGGCUAUCUGCAAAAUGAUGGGGGUAAACAUCAGAAAUGCAGCUGUGGUUGCGCUUAUCAUUCUAUGAAAAAGUCUUUUCGCAAUGAAACUACGUUAGGUUUAAUACAGAAGACUGCGACACUGUUGCAAAUGUUUGCUGUAAUGCAGCUGGGGUGUGGAGUAAAAUCUCAUUUUAGAAAAAAUGACCUUAAGAACACAAUGAAAAUUAAUCAUUGGGGAGAUUUGAGAGCUAAAUUAGAAAUGGCUAUCGCCCGUGUAAAAGAACUAGCUGAAGCAAGUGAAAAUCAAAAUGUAUUUUCUAUGCCGAACAGAGAAGGUUAUGAGAGUGAUUGUGAAAAUCAAGUGUUUUCUCCCUGCAAUCUACAACUUACAACGGCAGUGCGUAAAUAUUUGGUGCCAUGUAUUAGGGAUUUGAUUCAGCACGGCUCGUGUUCAUCCCAAAGUACCAGUCUAGUCCCUUUUAUUGGAUGUUUUCCUAGAAGAGCUUCUCUUACAAGUACACAUAUUCAUGCUUGGGAUCUAAUAUUAGAAUACUAUCACUUAAAGAAUGGAGAGAAAUACAAUUCAACCCCUGCGAGAAAAUUGUCUCAGAGUUUCAAUUUGGAUAUAGCAGGGGCUUCCCCAAAUAGUAAUAAACAGAAUAUGCUUUGCGCCAUAGGUUCUAUUAUUUCUACACAUACUCCUUAUAAAAGAAGCUUGGAUUCACAUUUUAAAGCUUUUAUUUGUGCAGCUUUAAACGCUAAUAAACUUGUGCCAUGGCUAAACUUGCUAUUUACAUGUAAUGCCCUAAUAAAGGAUUAUUACCUACCAUGGAGUUAUGUUGCAAAGACAGGAUUUCAAGACAGCUUGAAAAGUUUAGAUGUUCUAACUAAAUACAAAUUUGAUUUACCUGUGGAUUUGGCCGUUAGACACUUCCAGAACAUUAAAGAUGUCUUCACAUGAUUAAAUAAUAUUAUUGUAUUUGCGUGUAUGUAUUUUCUGUUACGUUAUAUGUAAUUACGAGUAAUAUGUAUUAUAUUUGUUCCUUAAAGUUAAUGUUAAUUGAAUAUUUGUAUCAGUUGAUAGGUGAAUGUACCCACCUAGUCUUUAACUUCACAUUGUAUAAAAAUAUCGUUAUUAAAUAAAAUAUGCAUUUCAUUUUA